CUACAAAAUACCUCAACAAUAAUCCACCCUCUUUAUCUCCGCUUGCUGUUUGCUGUGGUGGAGUGGAUAACACCCAAACGCAUACUCUCAUUCGAUUUUGAAUUGCUUCUUUCCUCCUUCUUUGAUUUUGAAUCACGCAAACAAUAUUAUAUUUGAAUUGUUUCUUGAUUUUGGCACAAGGAGGAAGGGGUUAUUGUGAAACCCUAACCUAAUCAUGGCGCACAGGUUGCUCAGAGACCACGAAGCCGACGGUUGGGAGCGCUCCGAUUUUCCUAUUAUCUGCGAAUCCUGCCUCGGCGACAGUCCAUACGUUCGAAUGACCAGAGCAGACUAUGACAAGGAGUGCAAGAUAUGUACACGGCCAUUCACUGUUUUCAGAUGGAGACCUGGUCGAGAUGCAAGAUAUAAGAAAAGUGAGAUCUGUCAGACAUGCAGUAAAUUGAAAAAUGUCUGUCAAGUGUGCCUUCUGGACCUUGAAUAUGGACUACCAGUUCAAGUUCGGGACACCGCUCUCAGUAUUGAUUCCAAUGAUGCCAUUCCAAAGAGUGAUGUUAAUAGGGAGUAUUUCGCUGAAGAGCACGACCGUAAGGCUAGAGCUGGUAUAGAUUAUGAAUCCUCUUAUGGUAAAGUGCGCCCAAAUGAUACUAUCAUGAAGCUUCAAAGGACAACGCCAUAUUACAAGAGAAACCGAGCACAUAUUUGCAGUUUCUACAUAAGGGGUGAAUGUACCAGAGGAGCUGAGUGCCCUUAUCGACACGAGAUGCCAGUUACUGGGGAGUUGUCUCAACAAAAUAUUAAAGAUCGUUAUUAUGGAGUGAAUGAUCCAGUGGCUUUGAAGCUACUUGGGAAGGCAGGAGAGAUGACCACUCUGGAGGCUCCUGAGGAUGAGAGCAUUAAGACUCUUUAUGUUGGUGGACUUGAUGCUAGGGUCACAGAGCAGGAUUUGAGGGAUCACUUCUAUGCCCAUGGAGAAAUUGAAUCCAUCAAAAUGGUUCUCCAACGGGCUUGUGCUUUUGUAACAUAUACAACCAGGGAAGGUGCAGAGAAAGCAACAGAAGAACUCUGCAACAAAUUGGUUAUUAAGGGCCUAAGGCUAAAGCUGAUGUGGGGCAGGCCUCAGACCUCAAAACCUGAGUCUGACAGUUCUGAUCAAGCAAGGCAACAGGCAUCUGUAGCUCACAGCGGAUUGUUGCCUCGGGCAGUUAUAUCACAGCAGCAGAACCAGGACCAAACCCAAGGAGUGGUUUAUUAUAACAAUCCACCACCUCCUCAGCAGGAAAGAAGCUACUACCCAUCAAUGGAUCCUCAAAGAAUGGGUGCUCUUAUUCCAUCCCAAGACGGUCCUCCUGGUGGGCCUUCUGGGUCAGGGGAGAACAAGCCUGGUUUGGAAAAGCCGCAGAUGCAACAUUAUCCCCAUUCAUUGAUGCCUCCUCCACCUGGUCAAUAUCAUCAUCAGUAUUAUCCUCCAUAUGGUUUUAUGCCUCCAGCUCCUCCUUAUCACCAUCAUCAGUAUCCACCUCCAUACAAUGCUGCAGGGCCUCCAUCACAGCCAUCAGCAGCAAAUCAUCCUUAUCAGCAUUCUAUACAACCAGGGUCUGGACAGGCAGCAACUGCCCCGGCUGAAACUGGAACAUCAACUUCAGGUUCACAACAGCAAUAAAAUUGCUCAUAUACUGAUGUUUCAGUUAUGUUCAUUUAUUGUUCUAAGUUUUUCCAUAAACUGACCAUGCUGAUAGGGAAGAUAUUCACACUCAAGCUAUCAAGGCAAGAUGUUAGCGCUUGGUUCUUGAUUGAUUGUUGUAUUAGUUAGUUUUAUAAAUAGCAGAAUUAGUUUAUCUCU